AUGAAAGUUUGGACCAAUAUGAGAGCUUCCAACUGGAAACGGAUAACCUCUAUUACGCCAUCGAAAAACUCAUUCACCCACGUCACCCAAAACGUGAACCUUAUUGAAAAUAGAACUAAUGAGUUGAUGGUGGCAUGUGUUGCUACACCACCAGAGGAGGCAAGUAAAGAUGAGAAGCAUGUAGAAGUGAGUAGAGAUAAGGUGAGUAAGGAUGCGAGUAGAGAUGAGGGGCAUGAUGCUACUCCACUUGUGGAGGUGAAUAUGACUGAGGAGGUCAAGCUGGCACUAGACAAGGUGGUACAUUACCUGGAUGAGGAGAACCAAUCUCAAACUAGGAAAGUGGUCUACUGGAGUAACGUACCUAUUGACAUUACAAGACAGACCAUUAAGAGAUACAGAAAGAAGAAGGUAGUGAGUAUAGGGAUAAUGAAUGGGAUGGCAGUUGCAAGAAAUUAG